AUGGAUGCAAUGCAGCUUAAGAAUGUACUGGAAGAAGUUCCUACGGCUGACAUACCACCAGAAGCCAAAGCGAAUAAAACCAUGUGGGUGUGGGCACUUAAAACGGAUCAAUACGGAUAUGUAAUCCGUUUUAAGGCACGCUUGGUUGCUUUGGGAAAUUGGCAGCGGCCUGGUAUUGACUUUGGUGAGACUUUCUCUCCUGUAGCACGUAUGUCAAGUUUCAGGAUGACGCUUGCAUUAGCGGCAGAACUGAAUCUCAAGGUGUACGGUGGUGAUAUUAACACCGCGUAUUUAAAUGCAACUUUAAAGAUACCACAGUAUGUGAAAUCGAUUGACGGAUUUCCAUGCAGACGUAAGGAACACAUGUAUGUGGUGCGCAAGGCAUUGUAUGGCUUACGUCAAGCUGGACGUGAGUGGAAUGAUGAGUUACACAAUUGGAUGAUGGAAAAUGAGUAUCAAAGAUGCUUAACGGAACCGUGUCUAUACUAUUGUCAGGACACGGAUGGAACGAUAGUGCUGGUGCUGGUGUACGUUGACGACAUUUUAUGCGCAACAAACAACGAAGCAGUCAAGGUUGACUUAUUUGGAAAGCUAGCAUUGCAAUAUGGUAUUAAAGAUCAAGGUGAGCUCACGGAGUAUCUUGGUGUCGAAGUGCAAUCGAGUCAAGAUGCCAUGAAGAUAAGUCAAAGAAAGUACUCACGUGAGAUUCUACAGAAGUUUCACUUUGAACAAGCACAUGCAGUUGGAACCCCGCUUGAGACAAAGCAAAACCUAAUGUGUGCAGAAGAAAAGGAUGACAUCGAUAAGACGUUUGAUUAUCGUGGUGCGGUGGGAAUGUUAAUGUAUUUGACAACAUGUUCGCGACCCGACUUGGCAUAUGCAGUGGGUCAGCUAAGUCGAUUUGUAGCCAAUCCGACUAAACAUCACGUUGGUUGUGUGAAACGUGUCCUUCGAUAUCUCGCUGGAACACUUGAUUAUGGCAUAGUGUACAAGCGUGCGCAAUCGACUCAGCAUCCAAAGAUUGUAAUUCAAGGUUACUGUGAUAGUGACUGGGCUUCAGAUGCUGCAGACCGAAAGAGUACUGGAGGUUUUGUUUUCUUGCUUGCAGGUGGUGCAAUAUCAUGGUCGUCAAAGCGACAGCCGAUCAUAGCCUUGUCAACGGCCGAGGCUGAGUAUGUGGCAGCAUGCGAAGCUACAAUGGAAGCGAUUGGAGAGCGAAACAUUGUAAGUGAAAUAUUACCAACUAUUCCUGUUGAGAUGCACAUUGGAAUUGACAGUCAGAGUGCAUACGUGAUGGCGACAAAUCCAACUUAUUCCCGUCGUACGAGACAUAUCGAGUUACGCUGGCACUUUGUUCGUGAGCAGGUCAAAUUAAAGAAGGUGAUUCUGGAAAAAGUUGCUGGAGUCGACAAUCCUGCCGAUUUAUUUACGAAAGCACUCGAUAAGAAGCGUCUUGCACGGUUGUCCAAGUUAAUGGGCGUUCAGAAGGAAGAUGUGCGAGAUGGAUAUCUCGAGAGAGGCGUGUUGGAAUAA